AUGGCGCUCUCGUCGGUCUGGUCGCUGCUGCUGUCCGUCGCCCUGAGCCUGUCGCUCACGUGCGCUGCCAGCCCCCGCGGCCCCAUCAUCGGCGUCUUCGCGCACCCGAUCUCGCAGCACGGCGAGUACAUCGCGGCCUCGUACGUCAAGUGGGUCGAGAGCGCCGGCGGCCGCGUCGUCCCCAUCCCGUACAACGCGCCCAAGCCGUACCUGGAGCAGCUGCUACCGCAGCUCAACGGGCUGCUCUUCCCGGGGGGCGCCGCCACCGUCAAUGACCGCGCCGAGCGGCUGUUCCAGCUGGCGCUGGAGCUCAACGACAAGGGCGUGCACUUCCCCGUGUGGGCCACUUGUCUGGGCUUCGAGUGGCUCGUGCAGCUCACGACGAAGGACAUGGACUCGCUGACCAAGGGGCUGGACGCCAUGAACAUCACGCUACCCCUGAACUUUACCUCGGAGGCCCCUACCAGCCGCCUCUUCAGCCAGGCGAGCCCCGAACUUUACUCGUGGCUCAAGGACAAGCCCAUCACAAUGAACAACCACGAGAUGGGGAUCACCCCCGAGCGGUUCAACCAGUACUCGUCCCUCACGGACUUUUACACGGUGCUGGCCACCAACGUAGACAGGCAGGGGGUGGAGUUCAUCUCGGCCUUUGAAGCCAAGGAGUACCCGGUCUACGCCGUGCAGUUCCACCCGGAGAAGAACAGCUUCGAGUACGGCGAGUACCUGGACGGCACGCCCUACGAGGUGAUCGACCACUCGCGGGAGGGGAUCGCGAGCGGACAGUUCUUUGCCAACUUCUUCAUUGAUGAAGCUCGCAAGAACGACUUGCGGUUUGAAGACCCCAAGGCGGAGCGCAGCGCGCUGAUUUACAACUACCUGACGUCGACGAUCACGGACCCGGGCUUCGUCCAGUCGUACAUCUUCAAGCACGACUUUAAAAUGGACUUCUGGGCCGUGCAGAUGUAAAACAAAAUGUGAGUGAGAGAGAAGCUGAUAAGGGAGAUUGAUCGCGUUGCAGGUGAUUUUGGCCGUGUGCAGAUGCAGUUACGAGUGCAAGGGUAACUAAUC